ACUGAGUCCCUUCGGUGCGCCAGGGAGGCCUAGGACGUCCCGUACGUUGGCGCGCAAUCCUCGCUGACUUCUGCAGCCCGGUUGACGUCGAGAGAGAUACGUCAGUGUUUGUAAGGAACGCGUGUUCGUCGCCGAAGGUCGGAUUCCGACCCUGACAUCGGGAAAACUCCGCGAAAGUGAUUGACUGACAUUAUUUCAUAGAAGGCGAAUUGUUUUCGUGCGGCCACAGGCAAGUUUUUAGGAGACUCCAUUUUUAUGGUUCCGGUGAACAUUUGUGGGUUGACGCGCCGUUUGAAGAGGAACGUUUCGCUUUAACCAGUCGUGAAUGACUCCACUGACCUGCCAUGACUCACCGAGACUUUUGCCAGAAGCCUAAAAUGAGGUGUAAACUCGGGAAAACAGUUCUCACCAGCGUUCGUAUGAUGGACAACUCUGUGUUAUCGGAACAAUUCGUGACCUAUGCACUCUUGUGUCGAGUCCUGCCCUAAGGAUAAUAACGUCCGGUUAACUUAUAAUGAAGUGACUGUGAUAAUUUUUCGGCAUUAAUGAGGAUUUAAAGUUCCUACAUACAAACGCUGUUGUUGUUAUUGUUGUUGACAAAACUUCUACUGCCGUUGUGUGGUGCAUUGAGAAGCGUCGCCUUUUGCCGUACUCGACGGUUCUACGGAAAUCAUUUUUUUCAUAGCUGCGUUUCUCCGCCUUCGAAAAGAUGACGGCUUGGUGGCAGUACAGACAAGUUUCCAGGUGCAAUGGCAGUGCCCAGUGUCAAAAGAGCCCACCAGGGGCGCCCGUGGGACUGGCCCUUGUCAUUGUUAUGGUAUCUGUCGCUGUAGCUAUUGCAAUCAUAGCUUUGUUAAUAAAUAAAAUGCGACGAAGACAGACUCCAGAUGAAGAUAUGGAACUAGAGAUUCCUACAGAUCCAUAUUUACAAGCAAUAAUGUUCCCGACGGAGCCCCGACCCGAGUGGCAUAGACACUUGCGACAGGUCCUCCAGAAAGCAGGUCAGAAGAUUUUUAAGAAACCGGAACAUCACGACACAAAUAUCCCGGAGAAUUUACGUUAUCAGCUUAAGCAGAUCUAUGUGUACUAGAGUCUUAUAGAUAUGCAUUAUUUAAUUGUCAUUAACAGCAUAAUCUUCAUUGGAACAAAAAAAAUUAAAUUAUUUUUGUGAUACAGCCUACAAUUGUUGAGAAAUAUUUCUGAAAGCAUCGACGCCACCCAACUGGGAACUUCUUAAGUAUAUUGUGCAAUUGUGGAAACUUGAAAAUUGUGUAUCCACAGAAUUGUAAGUAAUUUUAUUAAACCAAAUAAUUUAAAACUUUUAAGUAGAAAAACUAAUGUCAUAUUAGUUGGUUGCUAACGUUUAAAUCUGAAAGCAGUGGGUUGGCCAUGUAAGCAUAAGUAUUUUUCAGAGCAAUUGUACCAAGGCCAUAGACUUGGAUAACUGUGCCAUCAUUUCCUACCAUUCCAUUGCAAGAAGACGUAACACCAAGUUCCUUCAGACGUUUGGUGUUUUGUUUAUUGCUUUGUCAUAUAAUAUCGAUCAUAACUUCAUUCAUUUAUCUUAUGAAUAACAUAUUUAAUUGGUAUGUAUUGUUAAUUAAAAGUUUGUUAAACUUUCAUAUUUUGAAAACAGUGGGUACAUUUGGCACUGGCAAUUAUGUAAUGACAACUUGUUGGUCUUGAUUUAUGUUAUAACUAUUUAUAAGUGCCUCUGUGAAUAGUUCCUUUGCAGUAUCACAUGCAUUAUGUCAUUGUCAUUACUCCAGCUGCUACAGCAUUUUUUUCCUUUUAAGGAAACUGUUCCAGUGAUUUGAUUUUACUUUUUUAUAUAUUUUUUAAAAGUUGUUUAGUCAUAGUUCAUUCCUUGGGCAGUAACUUAAAUUGCCAUAUUUUAACUUCGUUUUAAUGUGGGGCAGUUUCUACUCAUUAGACUGUCGGCUUUGUAUAGCUCAAGAUGCCAAUAAAGCAGCUGGUGUAAAGACAUUUUCACGAAGACCAACACUGCUUAAGUCUUAGCAUAUUGUCACACUCCGCGUAAGAACAGCAAUCUUAGACUAGGUGUUUUGAUUUAAUCGACGACACCACUUAAAAGUUCUUCCAGUAUCGUGUGAUAGAUGUUGAUGGUGACGUAAGUAGCCUCUUAUGUGUGUUGUAUGUUCAUUGCUUCAGAUUCCUUAAUUUCACUUUUGACUGGAAUUUGACAGCUGCUUGUUGCUGUCGUACAUAUCCUCCCAAUCUCACCUUCAAAUAAACACAUUUUUGUAUAGUGGAAAUAGCUUUCUUUUACAGCAAUGCUGACUGAAAGAGUUCCUAUAACUCGAAAAUUCACCUGGAUAUUUAAUGUAUCAGUACACAUAGGUGGCGAAAAUCUAGGAUCUCAGGGAAUGUAAUAAAUAUACAAUCCUAGUUUUUAGCAUUUUUAAAGCAAAGAACCACGUUAAGUAACUCUUCAUUUAAUUUGGAAGCAAGUCAUCUCCUGACUACUGUAAUUUUAAAUUUCUUUGGAUGGUUAUCAAUUUUGUAUUAAUAUAAAUAGCGCAAAACCUUGAAACCAGCCUGAAUAGGAAGGUAAAACAACCAUCAUGCUAAUGUCUUGACUAAUAUUAAAUUUGACGUUCCUUUCCUCUUGAAGUGAAUUCUUGACAGGUAUUCAUAUUGUACAUUUAGAUUUUACUGUAAAUUAGAAUCAAAACGAGUGUGAGAACAUAACUGUAAUAUACGAAUGCGUUUGUCAGAAUUUUUUUGUAGGCUUUUUGUGUGGUUCAGUAAUGUGUACAACUUUUCUCCUGAGGAAAGACUUAAUUUUAGAGGGUUAAUCUGAAUGUUUUUAAUAAGUUUCACUGGAAAAUUUAGUUUGAUUUUACAAAUAGUUCCCCCCUCUUCCGAUGUAAAUCUUUUACAAAUAGCUUGCCUUUUAAUUUUUUUUCUUGUACAGUUUCCUCUUAUCUUCAGAGCUGAGGAUACUGUACCGAAGUUCUUUUUAGUUUAAUGGCUAAACAGAAUAUCUGCCAAUACCCAUGGAAUUAGGAAUUCUUAAACAGUUGUGUUAAUAGCUUUUGGCUUGAUUGUAAUUGAUGGAAAGGAAUCUCAAAACAAGCUCAGCAACAGUGAUUAUUCCUGAUCGGGCAUUAUUCGAGUGUUCCAGACAAAAACCCUCUUCCCACCACCUGCCUCUUGUAAAGGUAGCUUUUGAUUAUCAAUUUCUCUUCAUCUUCAUUUCCAAGUACCUAUUUGAACUGAAAGGUUGCAGUAUUAAUUACUUUGCAUACCAACUUAAUAGUUUGUCAGACCACUUUUGCUUAAGUGACAAUUUUCACAAUCUUGACACGUUUUUUCAUGUGAAUUACCAUUAGACAUUGUAACUAUCACUCGGUUUUGUAAUCAAAUUAUCACUGGAAUAUAGUUACUUUUAUAUCGAUUAUAUAUAGUAUAUGUGAGAGCUGUUUACUUUUAACACUUUUGUAUAACUUAAAUUAAAACAAAAACUAACUAGUAAGCUCACUGGUUUUAUAAUACUUCAGAAUACCUAGACAGUAUUCUGCCUCACUGAAGUUAUUAUGCCACAUAAAACAUUAAUUUAUUAGUAAUCUAUUGCACCAUUUACGAUGCUGAGAGUUAACAGAUAUUGUUGUUGAAGUACCUAUGAAACUAAGUCACCAGAGUACUGCAGGGAAUAUCCGAGUUAGGCUCGCUAUUAAAAGGUGCCAUAUAAUUAGAUCAGUAUAGAAGUCAUGUGCAGUUGUUGUACAAUACAAAAAUUGCAACUCCUACAAGAUGAAGGGAUAGUUUAAAGAUCAUAAGGCAAAAGGGUUGAGGAGCUUUUGGUCAAUGAGAGGAUUAUACCUAAAAGAAAUGUGCCAAGAUGAUAGAAUUCAAUGUAAUAAUUCUUAGUAAUGUCUUCCUUCCUUAUUGAAUUGUGCAGCUGAUGUUGUUACAGAAUUAAAGAUAUUAUAAUAA